CCUGGGAAUCGGUUUUGCCAGUAUGACUACAACAUGGACACACCCCUUCACCCUGCUACCACACUAUAAAGGACCUGAGGUGGAGAGGGAUGUCAGACUUGAGCAUCCGACCAUAAACAAGACACUACGAGUGGUUCACUCCAAAAGCCACAGCUGAUUUUCUGGUUUUCUUGGCGGUAAGUAACAUUCUGGAUUGGUGCCUGCGAUGUUUUGACACAUCUCUAAAUAAUUAUUGUCAUCUUUUGUUGACCUUUUUCCUUGUAAAAAGAAAUGGAAUCUGUUAUUUAUUGGUAAUAUUGACUUGUACAGGCAAUUUAUAAGGAACAAUUCUGGUUAGGAGGGUGCUUUGUCCUCAGCAUCACUAAUGGUUUUUCUACCACAGGCCUGUGCGGUAUGGAGAUAGCUGUUCUGCUGCUACUGACUGUGCCUUUGACUGCUGCCUCACCACUUAGACCACUUCACAGGUUAGUGAAGACAUCAGUAGAUACAGUUUAUGAUAAUGUGAAACAUUCAUUUAAUAAUAAUUAAGCGCAAUUUACAGUUGCACAUAUAAUUUCAUAACUAUUUUGGCACAAAAGUGUUGGAAAAAUACAUUUACAACACAGACUCCAAAGAAACUGUGAUGCUGUAGAAAAAGUGACUGAAGCGUCUGUUUUUUUUUUUUCUUGGUAACAAAUUCUGUAUGUUAACGUACCUAUUUUCUGACCCACAGCAAGGAGGCAGAUAUUGCCCUUCAAGAGGACACUGUCAAGGUCUCAGCUGUUGAAAGCUCAGAGGACACCCAGAAGCAACAUUUUCAGGCACUGAAGAUCAUCCCAUUUUAUCCAGAGGACAAACAAGUGGACCUGAAUGCAAUGAAACACAGGUGAGAGCAUCACAUUAGUAACCACUUAACACUGCUGGCUAUAGUUGAAAACACAAGUCUCUGUGUUUGAUAUCCUAUUUCAAAGUAAAGCAAAUCUGUUACCUCUCAAAACUCAAGAUUAUUUUUGAAUUAUAUUUUAAUUUUUCACUUUUUUUCCUCCUUCGACAGCAUGGCAAUGAAACUGCGUCCAAGGCGUGCACCCCAGCGCGGCUGCCAGCUCGGGACCUGCCAGCUUCACAACCUGGCCAACACUUUGUACCACAUCAGCAAGACUAAAGAUAAAGAUGAGUCUGUGAAGGCCAGUGACCCGCAAGGAUUCGGCAAAUAGGGACAGGAGGAAAGAAAACUAUUGAGGAGUGAAGAGGAGGACAGUUCUCAAAAUAUAUGUACAACCAAACAUCAGUGUCAAUGUUCAGACUGACUGGUACUUUUCAUGGAUUUAUGCUCUGUAAGCACACAGAAUGUGGAUGUGUGAAUGCUGCGUUAAAUGCUUUCUUUUAAUAUAUUUUUAAUAUAAAUCCCUCAAUAUUUAUAUAUGUAUAUUGUUUAAUAAAUAUUUUAUAUCAA